AUGUUUAAGAAAGAUAUAUCUGCGGGCGCACGAUCAAAAGUAAAGUCAUCAGUGCAAAGAUCGUUACGGGCCAAAUUCCUAGAGACCCAUCCGGGGUUCGAGCCAUAUAUCGAUGAAGUUCUACCAAAAAAGGCUUCUUUAGAAGCCAUGAAGCUCCCGGACCGAGUAACCCUCUACAUCGCAGACUCCAAGCCUGUUUUCUUCCAGUCCAUGGACAGCCCGCUAAUCCCCCACCUGCGAGUUCUCCAUGCGUUCCCCGAUGCCAUGCCUACAGUUGGAAUCGACAGAGGAGCUAUUAGAUUUGUUUUAUCAGGUGCUACAUUGAUGGCUCCUGGUCUCACAUCCGCAGGCGGCAAGCUACCUGAUGCGGAACAUGCGCUAGAGACCGGCACAAUAGUGGGCAUUAAGGCAGAAGGAAAGGAAGAAAUAUGCAUGGUUGGCGAGCUUAAGGUGGGAACCGAGGAAAUUAAGAAGAAGGGUAAAGGCGUCGUCAUGGAUGAGGGUCAUUAUUUGGGCGAUGGACUCUGGAGGCUGAACUUUGAUUAA